UCAAAGCUUCCAAGAUGGGAAUUCAGAAGCCUGCAUGGUUAGAAGCUCUUUACACUCAAAAAUUCUUCGUGGGUUGUUCGUAUCACGAGACUGCAAAGAAGAACGAGAAGAACAUUUGUUGUUUGGAUUGUUGUAUCAGUAUUUGCCCUCACUGUUCGUCGUCCCACCGAUUCCAUCGCCUUCUUCAAGUUCGUCGAUAUGUUUAUCAUGACGUUGUUCGACUCGAAGAUCUUCAAAAGCUUAUCGAUUGCUCUAACGUUCAGCCUUAUACCAUAAAUAGUGCCAAAGUCGUGUUCAUCAAGAAGAGACCUCAAAAUAGACAAUUUAAAGGGUCAGGAAAUUAUUGCACGUCUUGUGAUAGAAGCCUUCAAGAACCUUAUAUCCAUUGCUCUCUCGGGUGCAAGGUAGAUUUUGUGGUGAAGAAGAAGAGAGACUUGAGUUCUUAUCUUAGAACGUGCAAUUCUUUGGCACUUAGUAUGGAUUUUGUAGCGUUCGAAGAUAAAGGAGACGAUGAAAUGACCAACGAAACUCCUCGUUCGACCAUUGUGGACUAUGAAGAGGGGACGAGCUCGUCUUCGGGAUCAGAGAACAUGAGCAUCAUAGCUCACACGCCCAUUGUUAGGAAGAAAAGAACUGGUCUUUGUUCGUGUGGAAGAUUAAAUAGAAAGAUAUCUACUGAUCAAGACAUGGCAACGAGCAUAACCAUAAGUAGAAGGAAAGGCAUCCCUCAUAGAUCUCCCUUAUGUUAACAAAUUCUUCUUUUCUUUGGCUCGAAAUUGUUUUUUUUCGAUCACAUGACAAAUCUGAUCUUUAUGAUUUCGAGAAAGUUAGAAUUAGUCUCUGUAAUGUAAAAGUUAAAAAAAACGUUCAUAUGGGUUAAUAAA